AUGACCCAUGUGUUUGGAUGGGUGUGGGACGGCGCACACUGGAUCACCUGGCUUAAUUCGUUUAGCCCACAGACGCGACCGCUCACCGACUGCGUUCUUCACUUUCACAUCGUGAGUGCGAAAGUCGACUUUACGCAAUUGCACCACCGGGUUCAUAUCCUCGGGGGGAAAAUUUCGCUCGAGGAAAACCUCACCGAGCACGUCACAUACGUGAUCACCGAUAAAGACCCCACGCGCGAGGAGCGUGAGCCGUUUUCGCGGGGUCAGCUGUUGCUCCGGAAAGCUGCCGCCAAAUCAUUGGGAGUGACCGAGCAAGCGAAGGAACUACGAGUUAAGCUUUGGAACGUGACUUCUUUCCUCCGUUGGCUGGAGUGUCAAGUCGACUUCGUUGGCUCGACCAACCUCAGUGGAGCCGCCGCCUUCCAAUAUCCGGAACACAAGCGGAACUCCAGCAAAUUCAUAUCGCAGCUGAAUAUCAAGGUCGAGGACGGAAGACAGAGAUUCAAGCCGCAACAGAAGCCCCUCAAAGAACCUUAUUUGCAUUUAGACCCCGAGUAUCCGGCCAGUCCGUUCGACGAGCCAAGCUACCAGCAAAAAUUCGUCAAGCGGGAGCGGCUCCGGAAACUUGAAGAAAUCAACAACAAUAACAUUGACAAGUCGUUCAAGGACGCGAAAAAGAAAGAGGAAAACGGUGUUGGAAACAACAUUAAUAUUAACAAUAACAACAACAACAAUAGUAAGAAGUCCGUUCGUGCCAAUCAACCUAAGCAGCAGUUCUGCGAAUGUUGCAACGCCUACUUCUUGCAUUUAGACGAGCAUCUUCAGUCUGAACAGCAUCGAAAAUUUUUCGGAGCGAACGAGGAUCACUUCCGGUGCGUUAAGGAUCUCAUUGACAAACUUCAUCCCCAGUGGAUGGGCACAUUGCCGGUCUCGCAGGAUAUCGCUGGCAACGUUCCUUCUACGACGCUAACACAAGGUAAAUCCCUUGAGUAUCCGGCGUUCACGCUACCGCUGGAAUCGUCUCCAGCGCUCCCUGAUUAUCCACAAUUCCCGACGACUGGAAAUCAGUUCAAUCGGAAACCCGUUGGUCGAUCUGUGAUGCACCCCGCAAGCGCCGCGUACGCCCUAAAUAUGCGACAACAUAUGCUCAAUCAAGCUUACAGAAACGCCACUGCCUCGGCGCAGCAGCAAACCGGUAUCGGUCCCCCUCACGGGCUCUUGGGGAGACAGGCCGGUACGAACUCUGGACAUUACGAUCACCCCCCGCAUCAUGGAGUAUCAGGUGUCAACUUGAAAGGCGCCGAAGUUCAUGAGGGGAUCGCGGUCGGUGGUCAUCGAACAGGAGCUCCCGGAGGUCCGGGGGGAGUGGCCCCGUCCCACAAUAUGGCUUCCUCGUCGACGCCGUUCCAGAUACCCGACCUAUUGUCGACGUCAGAAACUCUGCUAGCCGCAGCUACCUCCGGAGUCCCGUUGGACUUCUCGCGGACGUCAUCGCAAACGUUUGCGGCUGCGAUGAUGCGCGAUUUCGGUCAUCUACCUCCCCCGCCGAUUUCUCAUCCUCAUCCCAUGCUCUCCCAUCAAGCGUAUAACCUUUCGCAGGCUGCCGCGUCUUCGCACGAGAAGAUGCUCGAUGACUGGCUACCCAAGCUACAAGACCAGUUGAGCCAUAGUCAACAACAACAGAACUCCACUCAUCAAGCCCUAGAUAUGUGGGGUGCCGCCCUUGGUCAGGACCAGAGCAGUCAGGCUGCCCAAGCCCAAGCCGCUCAGGCCGCACAAGCAACCGCAGAUCUCUUCGCUGCUCUAGCCGGCUCGGCCGAUCAAGCCGACCUCGCCUCGUUGGGUCUCCAGAACCUUCUGCAGACAAUGGUUUCGGUCGAGGAAGAGAACAGGAAACGAGCCCAACAAAUUUACAACCAGCAGCAUCAGAAUCAUCUCCUUCAGUCUCAGUCGCAAGGCCAGCACAAGAAACAGUCUGACAAGGCGCAGCAUCCACUGUCAACGUCAUUGGCCCAGCCUUCCGCCCCAGCCCAGAAUCAUCACACCCAAUCCCAAUUGAUCCCCUCCAAUCAACAGAUGCCAUCGACAAUAGCCCAAACUCGACAGGACGCACAGGAAACCUCGCUCUCUCCCGAGGAGGUCGUCGAGGAUAAAUUCACGCCUCGCGUUGAGCCCCAGCUCCAACCCUCCCCGAAUCAAGCGACCCCGAGCCCUCAGGGAGCGAACAAUCGUGUCGCCCGAACGCCCACGUACGACAGUCCCCUCCAAGCUCGCUCGCAAUACAACAGUCCCUUGCCAAAAGACGAAAUGGACUUCCAACAGCAACAGCCGCCGCCGCAGCAGCAGCAGAAGAAAACCCCUACCCAGCACCGAUUAGAAGCACCGGCUUUCAAUAAUCAAAAACCUUUGGAUCCCAUGAAACAAUUUAACUCUCCGCAGCAGCAGCAGCCACCACCCCCGCCCCCACCGCCCCAGCAGACCCUGCCCGAUCUGCAGAAGUACAUCGGAGCACCUCCCCAACCGGAGUACGUCCACGAAACUCCCCCUCAGCAGAAUUUUCCGGGCGAGAUCUCAGGUCGCCAGGCGGCCAUGAACAAAUACCCAGAGGUUGUGUCUCCGUUCGACGGCCAGCAGGGUCAGAAGACGCCGUUUUACGAGAAUCCGCACUCGGUUCCCACUCCGUUACAAAACCCUCCUUCAGUGCCAAUGAAUAAUCCGCCCUCGGUGCCCAUGAAUGAGGGUCAUACCCCGCAACACACCCCUCAUCAUCCCGCUCAUUCGAACACGCCGCAACAUAUGCAAAGUCCUGCGAAUCUUCACGGCCGUGCGAUGCAGCAGCCUGGGCCCCCACCCCCGCAGCAGCAGCAGCCGCCGCAACAACAGCACUGCAUGGAGAAGUACGAUUUCCAGGAGGAACUCAACGAGAAAUUGCCUCCGUGGCAAUCUGGCGAUUUGGUGGCCGCAGCCACCGCUGUAGAAAAACACUCGUGGGGGCAGAAUACUCCGCAGUUUGAAGCUAUAUCCAGCGACAAUGGCAAACAGGAAGCCCCUCUGGCGCAGUGUGGUGCUCCACAAGAAAAAGAGAUCUCCGCUGCAGCUGCAGCAGCAGCUCCCUACGAGAAAGAGCUUCCGUCCAAAUAUCUCAAGGGCCGCGGGUAUCAGCAACCUCCGAUCGGUUCGAAUCAAGAGUCCAACGACCAACUCAGUUCACAGGACUCGAACUCGAUGCAAAACUCCAUAGCAUCGAACACACCUCAACAUUCAGGAGCGGGAACAAGAUCGAGCUCCCAUCCAAAUGACUGAUCAUCUUUCUCUUCCAGCUUUCGGUAUCAGAACGAAACGAGUAAGGAUUCCUUGGACCUCGAUAAGAGAACCUUUCCAAGCCAGGCCGCGGGGUCCGCCGCGAACGAAAGCUCGACCCACAAUCGGUGGACGGCUCAGCGGAAAAGCGCUCGUGGCCGCUACGGUGGUAUAAAGUUGAAGUUCACGCCUGCUGGUCGGAAGAGCAUCGCAGCCGGCUACAAUACAUCCGGGAAUAACCACUCGAUGUUCAGCCCGAGUCAGAGCACCGUAUUUAUCAUUCCAGCCAAAGGCGACCCGUACGAUUGGAACGAGGACGAAGAAGUGUCCCUUUCUCCGAUGAAGCGGAAAGCCGCUGCGCAGAGCUCGCAUCUGUCAUUCUCGCAGUUUACACAGAAGCAACAGAAUGCAAUGCCCUCAGACAUGGGUGUGAUCGGCGGAUAUGGAUCUCUGCAGCAAGCAAGUGGCCAAAUCUACUCGCAGCAGUCUUACCAACAUCAACAGCAGCAGCAUCUCGCACUCCAUCAACAGAACCCCCAGAUGCCGCCAGCGUAUCCACAGCCGGGCCAUUCCCAAAACAUGGCCGGCUCUUCGAAUCCGGCCGGAGCUCUCGGUGCGGCGACGGAUGCGGAUGCGGCUGCGCAAAACAAGUGGAAGAUGAAGAUGGUAUCGGAGACGAAAAUCGUUCUCAAGAAAUUCAAUCCACCGAGCGGGGGCAAACCCUCGUCGUAUAAGCAUCAUCGGAAGCGUCAUCUCUAG